GCCUGCUUCGGCGGAUAGAGCUUCGCAUCCCAUCUGCUGUUUCUCACGUCAGAUAAACGGUCACAACGAUAAAGCAGUUCUCGUCGACUUCAAGCGAAGCAGCACAGUGCAGUAUACGCUGACAUGGAAACCUGGAGGCUCAGGAUGCAAAUGCUGCUGUGCCUGCUUGCGGUGCUGUUGCAAGGGUCGUUUGGCGCUCGGCUUCUUCCCCUAGAGCAGCGUCAUAUGGUACCAGAAAAUGUGCACCCGUUGUCCGACAAAAUGAUCGACUUCAUCAACUACAUCAACACUACAUGGAAGGCCGGACGCAAUUUUGCUGACGUUCCACUGAGCAGCAUCCGCAGGAGGCUUGGUGUAGCUCCGGAUAACCACAUGUAUCGCCUUGCGGAAUUGGUGCACGACACAGAUGGGUUGCCCAUCCCAGAUGAGUUCGAUUCGAGGACGCAUUGGUCUCACUGUCCCACUGUGUCCGAGAUCCGCGACCAGGGCUCCUGUGGUUCCUGCUGGGCAUUUGGAGCAGCUGAGUCAAUGUCGGAUCGACACUGCAUUCAUAACGGUUUACACGUGCACCUAGCGACGGAUGACCUUCUAGCAUGUUGUUCUACAUGCGGCGAUGGGUGCAAUGGUGGCUACCCGGCAGCCGCUUGGUCUUACUGGGUUGACAGCGGCAUCGUGACGGGUGGCAACUACGGUUCUAAUGAGGGUUGCCUUCCAUAUCCUGUGAAGCCCUGUGAUCACCACGUGAACGGUACCCUGGGUCCCUGCGGAAAGGAUCCUCCAACACCCAGAUGUGUGCAUGUCUGCCGGCGUGGCUACGGCAGAAACUACCAGAAUGAUAAACACUUCGGGCUAUCGUCGUAUUCCAUCUCUGACAACGUGACUCAAAUUCAAGCAGAAAUCAUGAAGAACGGACCAGUCGAGGCAUCCUUUAGCGUCUACUCAGAUUUCGUCACGUACAAGUCGGGAGUGUACCAACAGCACAGUGGAAUCCUAAUGGGUGGCCACGCUAUUCGAAUCUUGGGUUGGGGCGUGGAGGACGACGUCCCUUAUUGGCUCAUCGCUAACUCCUGGAACCGAGAAUGGGGUGAUGGCGGAUACUUCAAGAUCCUGCGCGGCUCCAACGAAUGCGGUAUUGAAGAUGACAUUGUGGCAGGAAUACCGAUGCGUUAAAGCCGCUCACUGGAGGCGCGAAGCACGCACAUGGGAUUAAGCCACGUAACUGGCUUAAUCAAUGACUGCGUCGAUUGGUGCCGAGGCUAUACGUAGUCGAAUGAUCCGAUAUGAAAGUAGUUUGAAAAACGAGAACAGCGCCUAGUUUUCUUGUGUUAGAUUAGGCAUAAUGAUGCUUGCACUGUUAUUUCUAUGUCUGAAACUAUUAAGAAAAUCUCUGUAUGUCUGUUGCACGCGGUGCAUUGUAGUAGACAAUAAAGCGCCUUGGCUUAUGUUA